UGUUUUCUUCAAAUUCUUCAAAGAUCUGCACUUAUUUGGGCAAAUCAACAUUUUUCCCACUUUUCUGAUACAUCUUACCAAAUCUGUAAUGUAAUCAUAAUUUAAAUUUGUGAUUUUCUGACCCGUCAAUGUGAAAUAAUGUCCACCUUUUGAAUAAAGGGAUAGAAAUUAAAACAUUUUCAUCUGAUAUUUUAGAAAAAUGCCAGAUGAAUUGAUUAUUCAAAUAAUUGUUAAUUAUUAUAACAGGGUGCUUCCAAUUUGUCCAUCUGAAAUUGACGCCAAAAGUACUCGGCUCACAUUGCAAGUGUCACGUGACAAAAUUGUAGUUAGCCUCUUAAUUAAAUCUCAGGAAAACUAGCAGGUGUUGCCACAUGUCAGAAAUAAUAAGCACUUUUUAGGUGUAGACUCAUCACCCGUAGAUUUUAGGUGGCAUGAAGUCGACGUCUUUGAUUCUUUUUUCUUGUCAUCUUGGCAAGUAUAUUGUGUUAGUCGGCAGCAUUUCCCUCCCAGUUGCACUUUUCUCAGCAGGUGUCAUGGCUAUAAUGUUCCUUUCCACCCUGACUCCUCUUUUACUGGCUGUUUUUUGUUUUUAAUUAACGCCAAAGGCCUCAUGUAUAAAAGUGUACUGACAGAAAGGGAGGUGUGCUAUAGGAUUCGGUCCCGCAAAUGGAGGCCUCCUAUUGGAUAGCCGCUUGAGGUUUAGGAUGACCUUGACUCACUAUUUAACUGGCCUGGCACAUUCCGAGCUGUGAGAGACGGCUUCUUGACCCCGGGGGCCAGAUGAUUUCCUCGUUGUGUUUCUUGGCGGCACUUAGCUGUCUAACAUGGCUUCCAGGCUUGCUGGAGGCCAAAUCCUUGCUGAGCGACAUCCAGCAGGAAGGGAUGGUUCCGGUCAGUGACGUUGGGAUUGAUCCGCAGAGAGCCAACGACUUCCUGAGCCACUCCAGGCCCAAGCGAAACGUGGACCCCAAAUGGUACCGAGGCAACCCGGACUUCCAGGCCUACUACCGCUACUACAGCAGCAUUGGACACACCGAGGGGCUGUACGAGAUUGACAAGUUGAGGCUGCUGUACCAGCAGAUGAGGCACUUGGAGCACACGUACGGCCCCAACGCCUCAUACUUCCAGAACAAACUGGGGCUGGGGGUCCCUCAAAUUAUGUGCGACCCCACCACAGACAAGAAGUGCAAGGUGGUCGCCCCUCCUCCCCCACCACCCAUGAAAGGUUUCCCUAGGGCCACCGAGCCGCCGGCCACCGAACUUCCUCCCCUUCCCCGUGCCCCCGCCAUCUCCCAGGCGGAUGUGCUCUAUCUGUGCAACAGCAAGGACCCCCUGUGCAAGCCCCACAUCGUCUACCUGCCCGCCGGCGCUGUGCCCGUCCUCUGUGACCCGCGUUACCACCCCCACUGCACUCCCCAGAAGGCUCCGCCCGCCCCGGCCGUGGCGCCCCCGCCGCCGCCCCCUCCCCCAAAGAAUUAUGCGCCACCGCCCAUCCUCGUCAAAAAGUCUUACCCGCCGGCCCCCAUACGCACAUUUAAAGGCAUGGAGGUCGACUGCGACCCGUACUGGGAUCCCGACUGCCUCAUCGACCACCCACCCAGAGCCAUCAAGGGAAAGGUUAUGGGACCCCCACCCCCUCCGCCGCCCCCACCUGUAGAAGAGGAACCUGUAGAGGAACCUGCGCCUCCUCCGCCUCCAAUCCAGAAGAAGGGUUUCCCCUUCCCUUUCUACUACCCCCAAAUGCCCUAUGACCCCCGUGAUGAUCUGUACGACCCUGUUCGCUUCCAGUACCCUCAACCAGAAGCACCUGCGGACGAGCCCGAAGACGAGACCCAAUAGGGCGUCGGCCUUCAAAACGAAUCGGACUCUGGUUGAAAGCGUUGCAUGUUGAUGAUGAAGCCAAUAAGGCAGUGGGUUCCCAACCACAUUUUUACAAGUGUGUAGUGGGAAAAUAUCCAGUUUCACUUGAUUGAUCUGAAAAUUGUAAUUUAUUUACCACAAACAGUGUAUCUAUGUUCAUGUAUCUAUGCCAGUGACGCAAAGAGACAAAUACUCUCCCACUAGAUGUCAUAAGGCCCAAUUAACCUGUGUGGUGGUUGCCAUUCAUCCAACAGAAUAACAUUGUGUUCAACUGCACAUGCCGAGAUUUGACAACAAAGUGCAUUUGUGAGUAAACUGAGACGAGAUAAUCACCAUUGCAGUAAACGUUUUUGAAAUUC